AUGUUCGGAAUGAUCAAGAAUUCGCUCUUCGGAAACACCGAGGAGACAGAAUAUAAACUACUAAGCACAGAAACCAAGGAUGGAGUCAGCUUUGAGGUACGGCGCUAUGACGCCGCCAAAUACGCUGUUGUUUCUUCUGAGGGGCGCACUUACGACCAGGUGACCGGAGAGCUGGUGAGGAAGCUGCUCAUGUACAUCGGUGGAAGCAAUGAGCAAGGUGAGGCCAUGGGUACAGCAGCACCCACCAUCAUCACCGUCUACCCUCGGAAUGAUGGUGUUCUAUCCCGUCGUCUGGUGGUCGCCAUCCGAAUUCCAACUACGUACCAGCAAAGCCCCCCAACACCGACGGACAGUACUAUAAGGGUCGAGGAGCGGCCUGGCAUGACUGUUUAUACACUGCAAUUUGGAGGUUUCGCAGGUGAGAGUGAAUACCGAGCAGAGGCCUUGCGUUUGACACGCACCCUUGGCGAGACGGCCCCAUUCCAGCGCAAGCAAUACUUUUGUUGCAGUUACGACUCGCCGCUAAAACCUUACGGCCGCCGCAAUGAGGUGUGGUUUAUACAGGAAGAGCCGUAG